AUGGCGGCGCCACUCGUUAAGGUCCUGCAUCGCAUGCAGGAGCUCUUCCACAACCUCGUCGCCGCCUUGGAGGCCGCCCUCUUCGGCGACAACUCGGCUCGCCGCCAGCGCAGGGUAUAUCGCACCGACCGCACGCCGCGUCGCUCGCUCGAUGACCUGAUUCAGGAGGUCGAUCGUCUGUUCAAUGCCCCGCUUGGCCUGCAAAACAUGCUCGCCAUGUCCGCCCGGAUCCAGGAGCAGCUCAAAGCCUGUCUGGAGUCCAACCCAGCCUGCAUGCUCCCCUCGUACAGCUACGCCUUGCCUACGGGCAAGGAGACCGGCACCUUCCUCGCCUUGGACGUGGGCGGUUCCAAUUUCCGUGUCGCACUGAUCGAACUCGCCGGCCGGGAACAGGGAAUGAAGAUUGUGAAUGCGACAUCCACCGCGAUCGAUGAGCAGGUCAAGGCAUUGCAAGGAACUGACUUUUUCGACUGGAUGGCCGAGCGUAUUGACACGAUUCUGGCGGGCGUUGGUGAGAAAUACGGCCGUGAGGAAAAUCCUCUGUCGAUUGGCUUGUCAUGGUCUUUCCCCGUCGAACAAACCUCGGUCAACAGUGGCAAUCUACAGAAUAUGGGUAAAGGGUUUCGCUGCGCCGACGGAAUUGUCGGCCAAGAUUUGGGCGGAUUGAUUGUGGCGGCGUGCCGGAAGCGCGCGCUGAAUGUUCGUUUGGACGCUAUUGUGAACGACAGCUCGGCUACGCUAUUGACUCGUGCCUACGUUGAUCCCAAGACUCGCAUGUCGCUUAUUCUUGGAACCGGUACUAACGCUGCAGUGCACUUUCCUGUCCACGAAAUUGGCCUAACCAAGUUCGGUGCGCGACCGCCGAGCUGGUUUGAACGCGCGAAGCAUGUUAUCGUGAAUACCGAACUGAGCAUGUUCGGCGGCAAGGUGCUGCCGAUGACGCGCUGGGACGAUGUCCUGAACCGUACACAUCUGCGUCCGGAUUUCCAGCCUCUGGAAUACAUGAUUACGGGUCGUUAUUUAGGUGAAAUCGUGCGUUUGAUUAUUGUUGAAGCCGUGGAAACCGCCGGAUUAUUCGGCGGAGAACUGCCGCAUUCGAUGAAAGACCCUUAUACCCUCGACACGUCGAUUGCCGCCUUCAUUGAAGGUGACACUUCGCCGUCUCUCGCCCCGUCUGCUGCGCUCCUGCAAAAGAACCACACUUUCCCUGUGACCCCAACUGUUGAAGAUCUCACCUUUAUCCGCCUCGUCUGCAAGUGCGUGUCGAAGCGAUCCGCUGGAUACCUGUCCACAGCAAUCCACAGCAUGUGGUGCCUGCGCAAUGAGGCGGAAUUUUCAACUGCGUCGACCACCGAAUCUGUCAAGAAAAUCGAGCCUCAGGAGGUGACUGUGACGGAGAUAGAAGAGCCAACCAAAAAUCUGAGCAUUGCCUGCGACGGCAGCGUGAUCAACAAAUACCCUGGUUUCCGUGACCAAUGCCAAACCUACCUCAACAUGCUCACGCGCGAGUCUGAGCCGGUGUCGAGCGAGGACGACGCAGCAUCUAUCACGUUGGAACUUGCCAAUGAGAGCGCCAUCUUUGGCGCAGCUGUGGCAGUUGCCAUCUCAGUUGCUGAGCGAGAGCCAAUCUCACUUUGA